AUGGUCUCUUUCAACUCCCUCCUCACUGCUGCAGUGGCUUUCACCAGCGCACUUGCUGCACCCGCAACUGACCUCUCUGUCCGCUCUUCCGGCGACCUCGUAGCCCGUGCGGGCACUCCUUCGUCCACGGGCUGGAGCAAUGGAUGCUACUAUUCGUGGUGGACGGAUGGCGGCGCGUCAGCCACGUACACAAACGGCGCCGCUGGCCAAUACAGCGUGACCUGGCAGACCGGUGGAAACCUCGUCGGUGGAAAGGGAUGGAACCCUGGAGCUGCUCGCACCAUUACCUACUCUGGUACCUACAGCCCCAAUGGAAAUUCGUACCUCUCUGUCUACGGCUGGACCCGCAACCCGCUCAUCGAGUACUACGUCGUUGAGAAUUAUGGGUCAUAUGACCCCAGUUCGUCGGCAGCCGUCAAAGGAACCCUCACCUCUGAUGGCUCGACCUACAAGAUUGCGCAGACGACUAGGCAAAACGCCCCUAGUAUCGAUGGAACUCAGACCUUUCAGCAGUACUGGUCUGUACGCACCAACAAACGCUCCAGUGGAAGCGUGAACAUGAAGACCCAUUUCGAUGCCUGGGCGGCGAAGGGAAUGACUUUGGGCACUCAUAACUACCAAAUUGUUGCCACAGAGGGAUACUUCUCAAGUGGAAGCUCAAGCAUCACCGUGAACUGCGCAUAA